UAUAUGCUGUGAGCCGAUAAAAACCGUAAGUCUGUCUUCCUCUUCCUUCGCGAGACGGUUUUUUGGCAGAGUGAAUCUCGGUCACACCGAAAUCAAGGGCUGCGAUCAUAUCAACCUCGUUUUUUAGGUGUGGAUUUCUGAUCCUUUGAUUAGCUUGGUGAAAUAGAGUUUCCCUAGAAUGAACCACCUCUAGACAUCAAUUAAAUGAAGGAAAAUGGGUUUCUGGACUUUAGUGGAAGGCUUGCUGCUGUUUGCAAACGCAUUGGCAAUACUAAAUGAGGACCGGUUCCUUGCUCCAAGAAGGUGGACUCUUUUAGAAAUUCAGGGGAGGAGAAAUACACUGAAGGGGCAGAUUAUUGGGCUAAUACAUGCAUGCCAAUAUUUAAGACUACCCCUCAUCAUUCUCAAUAUUAUAGCUAUUUGUUCCAAGCUGGUUUUCGGGUGAGGGGGAUGAGAGUAAGAGAUGCACUGAUUGUAAAAUUCAAUAUUAUAUAUGAAUAAUGUGGAUUGUUACAGAAAUUUGGCUUGUUGAAAUUCAAUCAAACAAAUUUUAGUCAGAAGUUAUAGUCAGAUGUUUAUAAACUUAGCGGUGGUUCUUCAUUGAAAUCAUCUUCACAGUUAACCCUUUGUUACUUUCUUCAGGUCUGUUUAGUUGUUUACAGUUGAUUGUUGGGGCAUUUGGUACUUGGCGUCGGUUUGCUCAUUUUGGUUCAGUUUAAUGUUUGAUGGUGUAAACUAGCAUUCAUUUAUCUAGCAUUGCGCAGACUAUACGUAUAAUACUAUAUAUUUAGUUUUCUUUCUUUA